CACAAUACGAUAAGCGAACACGCACAAAACCGUAAAGCUUCGAUUAAAUGCGCAAUCGUGUACGUCCUAGCGCUCGGGUCUACCGUAAAACGCCGACGAACUGCUUGCCCGGUCUCGUUCAGCACAAGCUUUACCGAUACGGACACUGGUUGCAAAAUGCAGGCGGCGGGACCCGACAGACUCCUCCAGAUUCCAGGAACGCUGAGUGGGAACGUGUGAACACAUACGACGAAAUUAAAUAUAGGUUCAAGCUUCUAAAAAAUAUAACGAUCAAACGGAACAUGCCUAGCAAAAAGAAGAAAUAUAACUCCAGGUUCCCCCCGGCAAGGAUUAAGAAGAUAAUGCAGACGGAUGAAGAAAUAGGAAAAGUAGCAGCUGCUGUUCCUGUGAUUAUCUCACGGGCCCUUGAACUCUUUCUGGAAUCCCUCCUGACAAAAGCCUGUCAGGUCACACAGUCACGCAACGCCAAGACCAUGACAAUGUCACACUUAAAGCAGUGUAUCGAGCUGGAGCAGCAGUUUGACUUCCUCAAGGACUUGGUUGCAGCCAUGCCAGAUGUACAGGGAGACAUGGAGGACAGCCACACAGAAGGGGGGGACAGGGUGUCCCGCAGGGGUGGAAAGCCUGUUUCUGGCCGGAAGAAUGGAGGUGUUAGCACCAAAGGCAAGGAGAAGAAACAGUCGGGAACGGAGUCCGAGCAAGAGGAUGACUCAGAGGAAAGUGAGACAGAAGAGGAUGAGGAAGAGGAAGGAUCCCAGUCAAGCACAAACCUGCAAACUGCCUCCCAUUUUAACAGCUCCAGCGUUGGCCCCAAUGCAGUGACUCAGUAUGACCACAUGAGGGCAGCUCAAGGCCUGGCUCUGCCCCUGGGGAACUUUACCCCCAUGAACUCAUCAUUAUUGCAUGCUGUGCCCGUCCUGCCUGCAUGCCACGGGAAUGGUGAUGAUGAUGAUGAUGAUGAAGACUAUGAUUGCUAGCUGCCUCUGCCUCCUGUUCCUGUUUUAUUGUGUUUGUUUUAAUUAUACUACACUAGGUUUUGUAAGGAGCCAGUACCCUGUAGAGUGAGAGCCCUACCGGCCGGGAGACAGCAUGGCCCUGUCCUCUGUGCUGAUGAAUAAUAGUUUCCAUAGUAUGUAUUUUUAUCAUUUUUAAAAAAUAUAUUUUAUUGCUGAAAAAUGGGUUUUACUUCCAGUUGGAAUAGCCUGUGUAAAGCAGAAGGCCUGAGUCAAGAACCCCAAGGAUUGGCUUGAGGUACCAUCCGCCUUGAUGGUUUGACUCACCUCAAGGAUGUUGUGUCCCUCCAAGUUGACUGGAACAUUAGAGUCCUUUAGCAGCUGAUGCGAUUCUGCAAGAGGCACUUGCUAAAAAGGUGUAAGGUUACGCUGUUUGUGAAAAGAAUGCUGGGACAAGCUGUGACACAUAGGUUAGCAGUGCAGGGACAUUGAGGCACAAGUGAGAGAGUCCAGCUGAAUCGAUGAUGAAGAGAGCAACCUGGGGUGGAUGUGUGCAAAGUGGCCAUACCAAAGAAUGUUGUUCUGAUUCUUAUGUUGUUGAGGGUGGGACUGCAGAUUAUAAACUCUCUGUUAUGAAGAGAUGCCCUGCUGGUGCCCCCCUUCAUGUCAGGUGGCCAGUUUGAACCCGUCUCAGUGCUGAAGGGUAGUAUCAGUGAUGGAGAAUUUCUUUGGUAGCGUGGUCCUAAGGUCCCCCUUCACCAGUGACCUCUGUCACUGUGUCUGUUUGGAAAUCUGCGCUCCUGGGAGACGCAUCAAAUUCAUUGUUUCAAUAGAAAGGUUUUUUGAUUAUCAUUACAUUUACAAGAACAGUCACCUUUUUAAAAAUUUGCCACCUGUUUUAGGUGGUGGCAGUUUAUUGCGUAUUUCGACAGGACUUAUUUUUCUGUUUGUGCUACGGUGAUCUUACAUAGUGCAGUAACAGAUAAUCUGUUGGGAAUUCGAAAGAUGAAAUGAUGUGCAUAUGUCAUGCAUGUAUUCUGGUAUACUUUAUCAAUUAGUAGUAAUACUGUGUAAGACUGUGUCCUCUCUCCCCUCGACUUCAGCAUCACAGAGCCCUAUCCUGCCCCUGGCCAGGCCUGCUAACUUAUGCCCUUCCUGAGGUUUCAGGGCAGUAGAAGUUCUGACAUGCCCGGGUCCAUUAGCUGCUCUCCCUGACACUGUUGAGGUGGGGAAUUAGGAGUUAAAGAGGGCAGCUUUCGCAACUUGUCACAUUAACUCUUCACUGGGUUAAUCUUCUGUUUCUUUUAUGUGGUUUUAAUAUUUUUGGUUCGAGUGAGAAAGAGUUCCUCUCAAAUAAUAUUCGUUUUUCUGCUUAAAUGUUUAAAACAGAGAAAACAGAUGUUAGAUUUUAACUUUUUUGUAAGAGUGAAAUAAAGAGAUUAUUUAAAUAUAAGUUUGGGAUGUAUGCACAAAGAAAAUAUUGAUUUCAGCUAAAUCUUUUUUUUUUUCCCCCCCAAGCUCAGAAAUAUGUUUCUACGAAUUAUCCAUGUUACAUGUGGUAGGGGAGAGCCUAUGUAAGCUAACAAUAACUCUGAUAUGAAAAGGUUGUGAUUGUCGUUCAUGUCCAAAGAAUAACCCUGACUGGUUUGUAUACUGUAAAUUCAUGCUGAAAUCUGUAAUUAUAAUUUUAAUUGUAAAUUAAUAUUUGUAGGAGCAGCUAUGUUGCAGCUUUAAUCUAUUAAAAAAAACAAUCAGGACUA